UCCGACGUGGCCCAAUGGCGCGUCGCGGAGCCUUAUCCCGCGGCGUCGCCCCUGAUCCAAACUCCAUCUGCCGGGGCGCCACGCACCACAGGCACAGGUACGGUAUGCGACCCCACGGCCGCCUCCCCUCGUUAACACGUCGCGGCCUCGCUAACGCGCCCGCGCUAGCGCGAGUGGUGGCACCCACGCACACUCUUCUCCCCCACGAGUCCGGACCCCGGAGGAGCCAAGCCAUGGCGUCCACCUCCUGCUGCCUCCUCCACCAGUCAACCGCCCGCCUCGGCGCGUCGCCGCGCCUGGCCGCCGCCCCGCCGCGCAGCGCCCAGCUGCUCGUCUGCAAGGCCCGGAAGCAGGAAGCCGCCGCGGACCAGAGCGACGUCUCGCGCCGCGCCGCGCUCGCGCUCCUCGCCGGCGUCACGGCCGCCGCCGGCGCCAAGGUGGGUCCUGCCGCCGCGGCAUACGGAGAAGCAGCCAACGUGUUCGGCAAGCCCAAGGCGAGCACGGAGUACAUCGCGUACAGCGGCGACGGCUUCAAGCUGCUGAUCCCGUCCAAGUGGAACCCCAGCAAGGAGCGGGAGUUCCCCGGGCAGGUGCUCCGCUACGAGGACAACUUCGACGCCAACAGCAAUGUGUCCGUCAUCAUCCAGCCCACGUCCAAGAAGACCAUCGCCGACUACGGCUCUCCCGAGGAGUUCCUCUCCCAGGUCGACUACCUGCUCGGCAGGCAGGCCUACGGCGGCAAGACCGACUCCGAGGGCGGGUUCGAGACCGGCGCCGUGGCCACCGCCAACGUCCUGGAGAGCUCCACCCCCGUGAUCGACGGCAAGCAGUACUACGCCGUGUCCGUGCUCACCAGGACGGCGGACGGCGACGAGGGCGGCAAGCACCAGCUCAUCGCGGCCACCGUCUCCGACGGCAAGCUCUACAUCUGCAAGGCGCAGGCCGGCGACAAGAGGUGGUUCAAGGGCGCCAGGAAGGGAGUCGAGAAGGCCGCCUCCUCCUUCAGCGUCGCAUGAUGAUGUAAUUUUAUUUCUUCGAUGGGAUGGGAUGCACGCACUACGUAGAGAGCUUGGCUAGGCCAGGCCUGGCUGAGCACGCUUGUGUGUUCCUUCGACUGUACAUGAGAACAAAGACUAAGGAGAGCUCCAUUCCCGUACAAGGAUCGAUUUCUUCAGUCACGCAAAUUGUUUAGGAAAUCUUAGUGCUAAUAGUAGCGCUUCGAUGUUCCCAGCCAUGAGAACAAAGACUAUAAGCAUCUUC